AUGUUCAGAAGAGCAUCCACUCUCAUCACCAAAUCACUCUGCAACACCUCCUUCGCCAAGCAAGGAUCAUCAUUCCUUCUCUUCUCUCACCAACCACAAUACAGAAAUUAUGCUGCUCAAACAACACCAACCGAGAAGGGUUCUGUUGCCGUUUUAUUGAGUGGAUGUGGUUAUCUUGAUGGUACCGAAAUUACCGAAGCUGUGAGCGUGAUGAUUCAAUUAUCAAAGAUGGGAUACAAGAUUGCAUUCUUUGCUCCGGAUAUCAAUCAAGAAGAAACUUAUGAUCAUCUUUCAAAGACUUUGGAUAAGAAUGAAGUGAGAAAUAUCCGUUCUGAAGCUUCUAGAAUCACCAGACAAAACGUUCUCAAAUUGGAACAAUACAGACCACAAUCUUUCGAAGCUCUCUUUAUUCCAGGUGGAUUCGGUGUUGCUAAAAACUUGAGUAAUUACGCUGAAAGCCCAUCAAACUUUAAGAUUCAUCCUGAAGUUGAGAAGGCCAUCGUUUCCACUCACGAAGCCAAGAUUCCAAUCGGAAUGUGUUGUAUUGCUCCAAUUUUGGCUGCCAAGCUCAUUCCAAAGUGCUCAAUCACUUUGGGAGAUUCCGAUCCAGCCACCACAGAAAAUGCCAGAGCUCUUGGUGCAACUUGUUUGCCUAAAGCAGCAAACCAAGUUGUUGUUGACAAGGAUAACAAAUUGGUAACCACUCCUGCAUACAUGGGCAAGAAUCCAACUCCUUAUGAAGUUUUUGAUGGUAUUGUAUCGAUGGUUGACUCUGUCAUUGAAUUGACUGGCUCAAAGAGUGACGAGGAAGGUGAAAUUGAUUUUGGCGUUUUAGAAGAAAUUGCUGCCAAGAAGGUCGGUAAAGAACAAUUCACCAAGAUGAAGGAACAAUUGUACGGAAAGAAGACAGCUUCCAAGUAA